AUAUUCGGUCCAAUCCACGCGCGCCCCGCAGCUUCCUCCCCCGACUUCCAUUGGGCCUGUGUUAGAUCGAACCCCCGCGAACAAACAAAUCCCCCCUCCUUCCUCUCAGACAUGGAGCCGGUACGCGGCAGUAACCGCCGUCUCAAUAGCAUUCAGACCCGCGAGCGACUGUCUCGAAGAGCCUCCGCCCCCGCAAAGCGCCCCGUAACCGCCCAAGAUGCCUAUCUCUACGCUCUCCGCGCCGCCUACCUCGCAUAUCUCCUGCAACCCCGCCAGAAACGAGUUCAGCAUGUCGCAGCACCCUCCCGCCAGAUCCAGCGCUCCACCACCUCCGUCACCGAUCUUGUCAAGGAUAUGUCGCUGAUUCGCGACUCCAAGAGUACUCGUUUCCCACAUGGCUUCAUGGCUGAGCUGGACAAGCGGAUAACCGGUGUGCUCAUGGGAAAGGAGCGCAUGCCCGAGUUCAGGGACGCAACCGUGAAGCGCACCUUUGCUGUCUUCCUCAACGAGUUCAAGGCUCCCCAAUUCCGCAAGUCCAUGGAGAAGGAUAGGAGAGUGGAAGAUUUGCUGCUCAUCUUCUUCUCCAACGCUACAAAAGAGCUGUCCAGAGGCAAACCCCCGGGCGAUGAAAGCUGGAAACUCAUGGUCGACCGCCAUGUCGCCUUGUUCAUCCGCUUGGUCAGCUCUACCCUCAAGGAGCACGAUUGGACCCGCGACAGGCCCGAAUUGACAUCGCGUUUGGCCACAAUGGAGAAGAAGCUGCUCGUGCACGAUCAGGACCUGGCUGCUGAGAAUCAGCGAAACGGGGGCCAGGGAGGAUCCACCGUCGAGGUUGAAGUACCUUUGAGCUACGAGGUCAAGGACAUGCCCCUCGUCCUGGUCGUCUCUCGCAUCUUCGGCGUGUCUUACCAGAAUGUCCAGAACGACAUCAACUCCCACAAGGCCGUAUGGACAGAAAAGGCCGCGUUACAGGACCUCAAGACGUAUCAAGCACACCUCAGCUUGAUGAGCAAAAAGACUUUGAACAGUGAUGAUUUCGACCUGGAUGACGCAUAUCAAGCCUGGAAGCAGCAGGAAAUGCAAGAUCUCUCCCAAAUGAUUCUAGCUAUAGUGCAGUCAAAUCCCGAACUAGCCAAAAGUACACCAGGCUCACUUCCUCAAUUCAAGCCAAACGCUCCCGCAACGUCAGGUUACCACGAGCCCGGCAGGCAACGCUCGGGCACCUCAAGCACCGAACCCUCCUCUUCAUACGUAAUUGAGCAGCCAGUCGACAUGAGCAAUCUCAACAUCAACGACGAUGCCGGCGAUAACGCCUCCUUUACCUACAUUCCCCCGGACACACGCGACUACUACCGAGCAGUCCUCCAAGAGGCCUUGACUUAUGAUCUCGCAGACCCCGAGCUUCAGCCCUCGGAGGCAACCAGCGAGACCCCUUCCAUCAAGUUACUGUCCAAACAAUCGGCAGAAUUGCUCAAUGAGAUCGCCCUUCGCUGGAGACUGCCGCAAUUCUCCCGGUUGGUGCUUUUCCUAGAUGUCACCAAGGAAAAGUACCAGGAGCGCUCAAUAGACCUAGAUACGCUUGAUGCGGCUUUCAGUUUUGUAAAAGAACCGCCCCCAACAGACAAAAAGUCACAUCGUAUGAGCCAAGCUCCUGUGGCCGAAUCACUCUUCGAUCGUUCCAGAUGGACCUUGCAUGACUACGCCCUCAACCAGCAGAUUCUCAACCAGCUUCACGAGUGUUUACUUAGAGAAUUGUUCGAAUUAAUGCUCCUGGUUUAUGAUGCUAAACCACCUUCGUUGGGUCCCAUCAUGUAUGUGUUGAACAAUCACAUCUACGAAGACGAGUUGUUCAAUCAUCCGCCAGAACAACUCGACCAAUUCACAGAGGAACUGCGCCUAUCGCUCAAGAAGCGUGCUUCGGACGUAUAUUCGGGUUUGUUGGCAAAACACGUCCCAUCGAUGGCGGAUCAAUGGGAGUUCUACAACGUCAUUGAGCUAGGCAAAGCAGUGGUCAAAUUGUGCGAGAAGAUCCAGAAGCGUUACCGCAAGAACCCCGAAAUUAUGGGUGUAAGCCCCAUGAUGUGCUUGGUGGAGGAAAUGUUUCCCGCAUACGCGGCCGAUGCGAGAGAUAUCGUUGGACGUAUCCUGGAGGUUGCACAAGACAAAGGCGAAGAGGUCCCCAUUCAGGACGGCUUUGAUCUGUACCACGAGCUCGUCGAGAUUCGUCGCAUUCAUGGUGACGCACUUCCGGGCAGACGCUUUGGCUUCCACAUCGAGGCACUUUUGCAGGAUUUUGUGUGGCGUUGGAUUUACAUGACGGACGCAAGUCUGGUGGGCUGGGUGGAGAACGCCUUCAAAGCAGACACUUUCACGCUAGAUGGCUCCAACGGCAUCUUGAUGGACGACGAUAGACACAGUGUCUCGGUUGUCGAUAUGUUCCAAUCCUUCAACCAGAGCAUUGAACAAAUCGUGUCCCUCAAUUGGGAUGACGAUCUACAGUACGCUAGAUUUAUGACCACGAUAUCGAAGUCAAUCGGAAUCGGCCUGGCCCGAUACUGCGAGCUCAUAGAGCAGAGGUUCGCAAAGGAAAUGGACCGAAUGACACCUGAACAAGAGGCUGCAGCUAACCAAACGCGCCAAGAGAAAUGGAUAUCCAUGGCCAAGGAUCUCUACACUGGCAAGGAGAAGAUUGAACCGUUCAAUUUCUACCCAGAGUCCCUCGUAAAGCUCAACAACAUUGAAUAUGCUAUGCAUCGCCUAGACAAGCUCGAACACGAGAUCAAUGUUGACGCGUGUGCAGAGGUCAUCGCGAAGAAUUCGCCGCCCCCACAGCAGCGUGCACGCAAUAAUAACUUUGUUUUCACCAUCAAGAUUAUAGAGGCGGAAGACUUAAAGGCAUGCGACAUCAACGGGCUUAGUGAUCCCUAUGUUGUUUUGGGCGACGAAUAUCAGAAGCGUCUUGCCAAGACACGUGUCGUCUAUGGUAAUCUCAACCCGCGCUGGGAAGAGACAAUCGAUAUUACUACGAACGGUCCGCUCAACAUCAUCGCCACAAUUUGGGAUUGGGAUACACUUGGCGACCACGACUGCGUCGGUCGUACAUCUCUCAAGCUUGACCCAUCACAUUUCCGUGACUACAUGCCGCGUGAAUACUGGCUAGAUCUGGACACUCAAGGUCGGUUGCUACUUCGUGUUAGUAUGGAAGGUGAGCGAGACGACAUCCAGUUCUAUUUCGGCAAAGCAUUCAGGACACUUAAGAGGACUGAACGCGAGAUGACGCGAUCUAUCACUGACAAGCUUUCAUCUUUCAUUGCCCACAGCCUUUCUAGACGAGCACUCAAGGCUAUGCUCAAUCGUGGUAUCACCGUCUCGGCCGUCACUGGUUUCUUCUCCCGCCAAGCGCGUCCCCAGUCUGUCGCGCAAGUUGUCACGCAGCAGGAUGUCACUAAAGCCCUGGAGCCCUUGUUCGACUACUUCAACGAAAAUUUUGCUAUCAUGAAGGAAACUUUGACCGACGCAGCCAUGAUCAUGGUCAUGACUCGCCUGUGGAAAGAAGUUCUAGCGACGAUUGAGUCACUACUCGUCCCUCCUUUGAGCGACAAACUGAGUCAACAGCGGCCGUUGACACGCCAAGAAGUAGACAUCGUGUUCAAGUGGCUUCAACUUCUUUUCGACUUUUUCCAUGCGGCAGAUGAAGAUGGCAACUCGGACGGUGUUCCAUUGGACGUGCUCAAGUCACCCAAAUAUCACGAGAUCCAGAAUCUCAAUUUCUUCUACUUCGACCCCACCGACGAUCUGAUUCGCACAUCCGAGAGCAUGGCGGCAGCUACUCAGCAACGUCAGAAGGAAGCCGCCAACUCCAGCAAGUCGCUAGCGCCUGCACCAAUGGGCCAUCAAUUUGGGGGUGCAGCAGGCCUCACCGGCAUGCCAUCGAGAAAGCACAAAACGAUCAUGUUGUCACGAAACCUAGGCACUAUGCGAAAGGCUAAAGAGGAAAAGAGGAAAGAGGCCCAGGCGGAUCCUAGCGACGACAUGAUCUUGAGGAUUUUGCGCAUGAGACCUGAAGCGGAACGGUACUUGAAAGAUCGGAGCAGACAAAAGGAACGACUUGCGGCCGCGCAGGCCGCGGCGAUGAUUGUGCAGCAGAGCCUGAACGCCGGCGGUGGACGCAUGACCGGAGGCGGAAUGGGGCCCAGACGGUAG